AUGUAUUCGAACGACUACGACGACGGCGCGCUUAUGAAUUCAUAUAUUAGAUGGAGCAAGAGGUGAAACGUGUCGAAUUCGUCUCUCUCUCUCUUCCUCUCUCCCGUUUCUUUGUUUCUCCCGUAGUUCCCAAGUUGCAAACGUUGCGAUGGUUUUAAGAAGGGGCAGAGUCGAUUUUAACAAACCGAUUUUAUUCCGCUCCGUGCAGAUUGGCCAGACUCCAUCAGCACACUCUGCGGAUGUAUCAAGAGAACGAGUACAUGCACCGGGACGACAAAGACAAACGAUCUCGACAGAGAGCGAAGAGGUGAAAGCCGGCGAGGAAUUCUGCUGGAAAUGCAGAGGCGAGACCGCAGACACGAAUGGGAACGCGGCUUCCUCGUUCCCUCACAUUCAGGACCUCUGUCCCGCUGACAGGAAAAGGAUAGCGCUACUGGUUAAGCAGUUAAUUAAAUGCGCCAGAGAAACGCGCGACGCCAAGUCGGAGUUGACGGCGAGCGAGUCGGAGAAGGAAGCGAUGAGAAUCCAGUACGAGAAAUCCCUGGACCGUCGUGAAACGGAGAAGAAGCAAUUAGAGUUCCAAUUGAACGAAGCACGAGGCGAGGCGAGCCAACUGAAGAUUCGAAUUUCACGUAUCCUGGAGUCGUUGACGCGGCAGAUCGCCGUCCAGGAAAAACAAUUUCUCGAGCUCACGCGGACGGUCGAUGAUUUGGCGGAUGAGAAGUCCCGACUGCGGAACGCCCUGGCCGAGAAACAGGCGGAAACCGAUGCUCUGCAGGGUGAAUUUCAAAGAACGAAGCAACUAUUGGAGAGGUCGGGACGGUGCAAAGAUGCCGCGAGAAUGUCUCAUCAGGCUUGUCAAACCGAGGAGCUUGAAAUCACCACUGAGGUGCAGGAGGAAUUCGACAAGGAUUCCAUCUCGCGUCGUCUACAAAAUGUACGGAUCAAGAGUAAAAACGACCUGGAUGAACCUAGCACCGAAGGAACCUUACUGAGGGAGCUGUUCUUCAGGAAACCGAGCGUCGAGGAGAGCGGAAGUUUGGACAUUAUACCGGUUCUGUCGGAAACUGAUCUGCAAACCAGACCUACCAACCAUGUCCUGUUUCCUUAA